AUGUCUUCCCCCAAAGCAUACCCUACCGUCCUCCUCACAGGCGCCGGGAGCGGCAUCGGUCUCAACGUGCUCGGCCAACUCCUGGAGAAACACAGCGGCACCCGCGUCCAGGUGCUGACACUGUUUCCCACGCCGGAGCUGACGGCACUGGAACAAAAAUAUGGCCCGUCGUGCCUGAACACCGUGUACGGAGAUGCCUGUGAUACCGAAAUCGUGGCAAAGGCCGUCAAGGCGACCAUAUCCAACUACGGCACCAUGACGCACCUGAUCAGCAGCGUCGGCACCAUGCUCCCCGUGCAGAGCAUCCGGGAGGUGCCCCUGGGCGAGAUGAGGAAGAUCUUCGACAUCAACUUCUUCUCGGUCUUCGACCUGGUCCAACGCUCGCUCCCACACUUGUCGGCCUGGGGGGAGGGGGCGCGGAAACCGACGGUCAUCAUCGUUACCAGCGGAGUGGACUACGAUGUCCUCUACCGUGGCUGGACCGGGUACUGCACUUCCAAGGCGGCCCUGACGCGCUUCAUUCACUUGCUGGCGCACGAGGAGCCGGGCCUCGAGGUCUAUGGCGUGCUGCCACUGGUCACCAAGUCGCCGAUGGUCGACAAGAUCUUCAAUGGCGAGUAUGACCAUGUCAUGCGGCCCGAGGAGAGGGAGAGGUUCAAUACCUGGGCCAGGGAAGGGAAGAUCGAGCCGCCCGAGUAUAUUGCCGAAUCUAUCGUCAAGGCGGCCACGGGACAGAUAACCCCAGCGUCGAAGGAGGUGGAGAGGAAUGACUGUGGUGCCUUGUUUAUUGGCAGUCUGUAUCAGAAACAGUAA